ACGUCAUUUCCGCGCGCCGCGGGCGGGGCGGGAGCGAAACCUCGCUGCUGGGGCGGCCUGCGGCUCUAGGUGCCCGGGCUGCAGGAUGAGCGAGGCGGACGGGCUGCGGCAGCGCCGGCCGCUGCGGCCCCAGGUCGUCACGGACGACGGCCAGGCCCCAGAGGUCAAGGAUGGCAGCUCCUUUAGCGGCAGAGUCUUCCGAAUGACCUUCUUGGUGCUGGCUGCAUCCCUCAUCCUGCCCCUGCUUGGAGCCAUGAAGCUGCUGGAGUCCCCCAUUGAUCCCCAACCUCUCAGCUUUAAAGAACCUCCUUUGCUGCUUGGUGUCCUACAACCAAAUACGAAGUUGCGGCAGGCGGAAAGGCUGUUCGAGAAUCAGCUCAUUGGGCCAGAGUCCAUAGCAAAUGUCGGGGAUGUGAUGUUCACUGGUACAGCUGAUGGCCGGGUCCUAAAACUUGAAAAUGGUGAAGUAGAGACCAUCGCCCGGUUUGGCUCAGGCCCAUGCAAGACCCGCGAAGACGAGCCUGCCUGUGGAAGGCCCCUGGGCAUCCGUGUGGGGCCCAACGGCACUCUUUUCGUGGCCGACGCGUAUAAGGGGCUGUUUGAAGUCAACCCCCGGAAACGGCAAGUGAAGUUGCUGCUGUCCUCUGAGACGCCCAUUGAGGGAAGGAAGAUGUCCUUUGUGAACGAUCUUGCCAUCACACGGGAUGGGCGGAAGAUCUACUUCACUGAUUCCAGCAGCAAGUGGCAGAGGCGAGAUUUCCUUCUCCUGGUUAUGGAAGGCACCGAUGAUGGGCGCCUGCUGGAGUACGACACUGAGACCCAGGAGGUGCGGGUGCUCCUGGACCAGCUGCGGUUUCCCAACGGGGUGCAGCUGUCUCCCGAGGAAGAUUUCGUCCUAGUGGCAGAAACAACCAUGGCAAGGAUACGCAGGGUCUACGUGUCUGGCCUGAUGAAGGGUGGGGCUGAUGUGUUCGUGGAGAACCUGCCAGGGUUCCCCGACAACAUCCGGCCCAGCAGCUCCGGGGGCUACUGGGUCGCCAUGUCGGUCAUCCGCCAGAACCCCGGGUUCUCCAUGCUGGACUUCCUGUCAGAGAAACCCUGGAUCAAAAGGAUGAUUUUCAAGCUGCUCAGUCAGGAGACGGUGUUGAAGUUCGUGCCUCGGUACAGCCUGGUUCUCGAGCUCAGUGACAGCGGUGCCUUCCGGAGGAGCCUGCACGACCCUGACGGACUGGUGGCCACUUACAUCAGCGAGGUGCAUGAGCAUGACGGGCACCUGUACCUGGGCUCCUUCCGGUCGCCCUUUCUCUGCAGGCUCAGCCUGCAGUCGAUCUAGGCCUGGGUGUGCCGGGCAGCUGGAGCAGCUGUCCCAGCACCUGUGGGUCCUCAGAAGAGUGGAUGGAAAGACGGCUGCAGCCCAAGGGGACCCCUCUCCUGGGAGUGACUUCAUCUUUAGAGAAGAUCAAUUCAUAGAAAGCCAUUUUCUCUUACAAGAAAGAAUAAUGUCUCUAGGAACUGUCUUUCUCUAGGAUGUGGGAAACUGCACUGUCUGUGGAACUCAGGGUUAGUUAGUGGCCAGAGCCACUGAUGAGCUGCCAGAGCCUCACUGCUGCUGCUGGUCUCUGCUGGGGCUUCAGUGUCCCUCUCUAAGGGGGACACAUGCUUUCGGGGUAGCACAGAAGGACCAGGGAGCACAGUGCGAGUGUGGGAUACAGCCUGGAUGCCCUGCGCCAUGUGUGGGGUCUUCCCAGCCUCACCUGCUGCUACCUGGCCUCUUUGCACACCAGAGGUUUCCAGACCGGAGCAGGUGGGAGGGGCGGCCUGCGGAUCUGGGGUGGGAGGCCUGUUUGGGUUCUUUGAUGAGAACUGACCCCGAGGGAGUCUGCACUGCAGAGUCCAUCUGGGAAUGCGCUGUCUCCGCCUUUGUUCUGCCUCUCGGACCCUGUGUGGGCAGUGCAUGUGUGACGUGCUAUCUUCUGCUAGUGUCAUAUCCCAACUGCUGUAUGUCUUGACAGGUCGGCACACUGGUCUUACUUUUGAUAAUAAUAAUAAAUAGUUUUAAACUCA